AUGAGUAGUACAGAUUUUGACAGAAUAUUUUUUAAUCAAUCUAAACUGGGUGGCCGUUGCCGUAUUGCAGACUCUGGUUUAGGUUGGAAACCAAGCACUAGUGGUGGCAGUAAUAGCACCACAAAAGGCAAUCAACCUUUCUUACUUCCUGCUUCUGAAUUGAGUUCUGUUCAAUGGAGCAGAGGCUGCAAGGGAUACGAAUUGAAAAUUAAUACCAAGCACCAAGGCGUUCUACAAUUGGAUGGGUUUUCUCAAGAUGAUUUUAAUUUGAUUAAAAGCGAUUUCUUGCAUAGAUUUAAUAUUAAUAUAGAACAAAAGGAACACUCCUUACGUGGUUGGAAUUGGGGUAAAGCCGAUAUGGCUAGAAAUGAAAUGGUUUUUUUGGUUAACGGUAAACCAUCUUUUGAAAUUCCCUACUCACGUAUUAAUAACACAAAUUUGACAUCAAAAAACGAAGUUGCUGUUGAGUUAUCUUUGCAACGCGAUGAUUAUCAACCAGCUGGUGACGAAUUAGUUGAAAUGAGAUUUUAUGUUCCAAAUACAGUACUAAAAGAGGACGAUGACGAGGAAAUGGCUGAUCAGGAAAAAGCAGAAAAUGAAGAUGAAGAAGCCGAAGAAGAUAGAAAAACUAUGGCAGAAUCUUUCUACGAAGAUUUAAAGGAGAAGGCUGAUAUUGGUGAUGUUUCUGGUGAUGCAAUAGUUUCAUUCCAAGAUGUCUUUUUCAUAACACCUAGAGGCCGUUACGAUAUUGAUAUUUACCAAAAAUCUAUUAGGCUUAGAGGUAAGACCUAUGAGUAUAAAUUACAACACGACCAAAUUCAAAAAAUAUUUUCAUUACCUAAAGCGGACGGUAUCCAUCAUAUGAUUGUGUUGUCAAUUGAUCCUCCACUACGCCAGGGGCAAACUACUUAUCCCUUUUUAGUCUUGCAAUUUGAAGAAAAUGAGGAAACAGAGGUCCAAUUGAAUGUCGAAGAUGAAGAUUUUGAAAAAUUAUACAAGGAUAAGUUAAUGAAACAGUACGAUGCCAAGACUCACAUUGUACUAAGUCAUGUUUUAAAGGGCUUGACAAAUUGUAAGAUAAUUAUUCCUGGUGAUUACAAAUCUAAGUUUGAUCAAGUUGCCGUUUCUUGCUCCUAUAAAGUUAACGAGGGCUACUUGUAUCCACUAGAAAAUGCAUUUAUAUUUUUGAAUAAACCAACCCUAUACAUUCCUUACGCAGAUGUCAGCAGUAUUAUUAUUUCAAGAGCAGGACAAGGUUCUGCUACCUCCAGAACUUUUGAUUUAGAAGUUGUUUUACGUUCCAAUAAAGGAUCAACUGUUUUUGCAAAUAUUUCCAAAGAGGAACAACAACAAUUGGAAAUAUUUUUGAAAAAUAGAAACCUAAGGGUGAAAAACGAAGAAAAGGAAGCGCAACAAAGAUUAAAAACUGUUUUAAAUAAUAGUGAUAACGACAGCGAUUUAGAUAUGGGAUCCGCUGGUGAAGAAGAUGAAUCCGUUGAUGAAGACUUCCAUGUCUCUGAAGAAGAGGAUGAUGACGUUGCCGAAGAAUAUGAUUCUGAGGCUGAGGUUAGUGCUAAUGAUUCUGAAGCUUCUGGUAAUGAGGAUGGUAUCAAUGAAGAUGAUUUAUCUGAAGGCGAUGUCAAGGAAGACGAUUAUCCAAAUAAAAAACAAAAGGUUUAA